AUAUUUUCAGAAUUAUGAAAGUUUUUAUUUUGAUUGCCUGUUUGGCUGUAGCCGUCUCAGCCAACAAAGCCCUGUGGGAGGAUUUUAAAUCCAACCACAAAAAAUCCUACAAAUCCCUCAUCGAAGAACGUCUUCGUCACCAAAUUUUCCUCAACAACUUGGACAUAAUCGAAAAACACAAUGUCGAAUACGAACAAGGCUUGACUUCUUUCAAAAAGGGAGUCAAUCAAUUCGCUGACUGGACCAGGGAAGAAUUUGGUGCUUUUUUGAAACUCAGUGGUUCCGCUGAAAGGCCAAAAACCACCGAAAAAUUCCAGGCUGUGCAAGCCGCCCCUGAUUCCAUCGAUUGGAGAUCCACUGGGUCCGUAACUCCCGUUAAGGACCAAGGAAGUUGCGGAUCAUGCUGGGCUUUCAGUACUACUGGAAGUUUGGAAUCACAACUCAAAAUCCAAAAAGGAAAAUUGAUCUCCCUAAGUGAACAAAACUUGGUCGACUGCGCCGGUUCCUACGGAAACGAAGGUUGCAAUGGUGGUUUGAUGACUUCCGCUUUUGAAUAUAUCCAGGACCAUGGUAUCAACAGCGAAGCUGCCUACCCAUACGAAGAAAGAGACAGACGUUGCAGAUUCAACGCUAGUGCAGUCAUCACCAAAGUAUCUGGAUAUGUACAAAUCCAAGAAGAUAGCGAAGAAGAUCUUUUGAACGCUGUAGGAACCGUCGGUCCAGUUUCCGUUUCUAUCGAUGCCUCCGAUGAAUUCCAAUUUUACGAGUCUGGAUUGUUCACUGACCGUACCUGUGACAAAGCCUACUUAAACCAUGGUGUUUUGGCUGUCGGUUAUGGAAGCGAAAACGGAAAGGACUUCUGGAUCGUCAAGAACUCUUGGGGACCAUCCUGGGGAGAAAGGGGAUACAUUCGUAUGAACCGUGGAAAGAACAUGUGCGGUAUUGCAUCUGAUGCUUGCUAUCCAAAAUUAUAGAUUUAGUUGAGAUUUUAUUUUUUCUAACAUAAACCAAUAAAUAUUUUUGUAUUAUA